AUGUUUGACAGCGUCAGCAGUCAGGACACUGAAGACAAUGAAGACAAUGAAGACACUGAAGACACGAAAGACACUGAAGACACGAAAGACACUGAAGAGACUGAAGACACUGAAGAGACUAAAGAGACUGAAGACAUUGAAGACACUGAAGACACUGAAGACAAUGAAGACACUGAAGACACUGAAGACAAUGAAGACACUGAAGACACUGAAGAGACUGAAUACACUGAAGACAAUGAAGACAUUGAAGACACUGAAGACAUUGAAGACAUUGAAGACACUGAAGACAAUGAAGACAAUGAAGACACUGAAGACACUGAAAAGACUGAGGACACUGAAGAGACUGAAGAGAAUGAAGAGACUGAAGAGACUGAGGACACUGAAGAGACUGAACACAAUAAAGACAUUGAAGACACUGAAGACACCGCAGAGACUGAAGAGACUAAAAAGACUGAAAAGACUGAAGAAACUGAAGAGACUGAAGAGACUGAAGAGACUGAAGAGACUGAAGAGAAUGAAGAGACUGAAGAGAAUGAAGAGAAUGAAGAGACUGAGGACACUGAAGAGACUGAAGAGAAUGAAGAGACUGAAGAAACUGAAGAGACUGAAGAGAAUGAAGAGACUGAAGACAAUGAAGAGACUGAAGACACUGAAAAGACUGAAGACACUGAAGACACUGAAUACGAUGAAGAGACUGAAGACACUGAAGACUCUGAAGACAUUGAAUACGAUGAAGAGACUGAAGACACUGAAGACUCUGAAGACAUUGAAUACAAUGAAGAGACUGAAGACACUGAAGACUCUGAAGAGACUGAAGAGAAUACCAAAGUUAAUUACCUUUUGUUCAAAACAUGA